AUGCCCUCUCCCAACAACACCGACUUCAGCCCUUCCUCCUUCAUCUUGUCUGGCACACCCCGUCUGGAAGUUGCCCGUUUCUGCCUGGCGUUCCCUCUGUGCUCCAUGUACCUCAUGGCCAUUGUAGGCAACGGCGCAGUGGUGUUCAUUGUAAAGACGGAGCGGAGCCUCCAUGCCCCCAUGUAUUUCUUCCUCUGUAUGCUGGCUGCCGUCGACCUGGCGCUAUCCACCAGCACCAUGCCCAGAAUGCUCUCCUACCUGUGGUUUGACUGGAGGGAAAUCAGCUUCGGCGCCUGCCUGCUCCAGAUGUUCCUCAUCCACUCCCUGUCCGCUGUCGAGUCCACCGUCUUGCUGACCAUGGCCUGGGAUAGGUACAUGGCCAUCUGCCACCCUCUGCGGCACGCCACCAUCCUCACCAAUCCAAUGACGGCGAAGAUAGGCCUGGCCGCUAUGGCUAGGGGCGUGCUGUUCGGCCUCCCUUUGCCCUUGCUCAUUCGUCGCCUGUUGUUCUGCGGCUCCAACGUCCUGUCGCACUCCUAUUGUUUGCACCAGGACAUUAUGAACCUGGCCUGCACCAGCAUCACAGCCAAUGUCGUCUAUGGCUUGACUGCUAUCCUCUUGGUGAUGGGCCUCGACGCGCUGCUGAUUGCCCUGUCCUACUUCAUGAUCAUCAAGGCUGUCUUGCAGCUGUCCUCGAGGAAGGAGCGUGUCAAGGCUUUCAGCACCUGCGUGGCCCACCUCUGUGUGGUCCUGGCUUUCUACAUGCCACUGAUUGGACUGUCCGUGGUGCACAGGUUUGGGAAAGGUCUCACUCCACUGGUUCAGGUUGUCAUGGGGGACGUCUACCUCCUGAUGCCGCCCCUGCUGAAUCCCAUUGUCUAUGGAGCAAGAACCAAACAGAUACGCAGACGGAUCCUGAGGUGGAUUCUCCAUCACUGA